CCGGCGCUUCCGGGGGAGCCUUGUGGGAGCGGCGGGUACUCCUUCCUGUGGUGCCGCUUCAGACCCCGGGGCUGGCCCCUUUUCUGACCCCACUCCGGCCCGCUCCACUUUGGGUUCCGGCGGAGCCCGCCUCCGGGUAGCUAUGGCUGCAGGCUCGGGGACGACCACUCAUCUGACCCCUGCAACUGGAGCUGGAUGGGAGGAAGGCGAACAUGUCAAACCUUUUACGCCAGAGAAAGCAAAAGAAAUUAUAAUGUCUUUACAGCAACCUGCAAUCUUCUGUAACAUGGUUUUUGAUUGGCCGUCACGACACUGGAAUGCUAAACACCUUUCUGAGAUCCUUCAUGGCAAGCAAAUACGAUUCAGGAUGGGAAUGAAAAGCAUAGGCACAGGUAGGACUAUAAUUCCUCAGUUUGAAACUACAUGUAGUUAUGUAGAAGCUACACUUGAAGAGUUUCUGACCUGGAACUGUGACCAGUCUAGUCUUUCUGGACCAUUUAGAGAUUAUGAUCACUCCAAAUUCUGGGCUUAUGCUGACUAUAAAUAUUUUGUCAGUCUAUUUGAAGAUAAGACAGAUAUUUUCCAGGAUGUGAGAUGGUCUGACUUUGGGUUUCCUGGAAGAAAUGGACAAGAAAGUACAUUGUGGAUUGGCUCCCUGGGAUCCCAUACACCCUGUCAUCUGGACUCCUAUGGUUGCAACUUAGUAUUCCAGGUACAAGGAAGGAAAAGAUGGCAUCUCUUUCCUCCAGAAGAUACUCCUUUCCUUUAUCCAACUAGAAUUCCUUAUGAAGAAUCUAGUGUGUUCAGUAAAAUCAAUGUUGUCAAUCCUGAUUUAAAGCGUUUUCCUCAGUUCCGGAAAGCUCAAAGACAUACGGUCACGCUGAGCCCAGGACAGGUUCUGUUUGUUCCCAGACACUGGUGGCAUUAUGUAGAAUCCAUUGAUCCUGUCACUGUCAGUAUAAACUCAUGGAUUGAGCUGGAAGAGGAUCACCUAGCCCGGGUAGAAGAGGCAAUCACCCGCAUGCUUGUGUGUGCCCUGAAGACUGCAGAGGACCCACACAAUACCAGAGCCUGGCUAAACCCUACUGAGGUUGAGGAAACAUCUCAUGAAGUGAAUUGUCGCUACUUAAAUGGAGCUGUUUCUGCCUUUUUUGAUCAUUACAGAGCAUCUAAGGUAGUAGAAAUCCAAGCACUGAAAACAAACAGAGAGCACACUGAAGAGGAAGAAUUAAAUGUGUACAACUAUAUGGGCCAAACAUGUAGCCAGAAUUUAACCAUGGGAGCAGUAAAACAGGAGGCAGCAAGUACCUUUGGCCCUGAUCUGGUGCCUGUAACACAGAGGUCUGAAGAACCACCUUCAGGAAGAGGAGGCAUACUCAAAAGUGAUGGUAAAGACUUUGUUGACAAAGACGGAGAACACUUUGGAAAAUCGCAUUGUGCCAAGAGGCAACAAAUGCAAUUGCACAGUGAGAAUGCAGCUGUGGGACAGGUUGCUUCAAACAGCACGGUGGCCCCUUCUCAAACAUUUAUUUCUACAGAUGACGUGCUGGACUGCUUGGUGAAUCCACAAGUUACCAGGACGGUGGCACAACUUUUGAUACAAGGAAGAAGUUUGUGAUUCUAAUAGAAGAUGACUUUUUAAAUGAUAUUUUUAAAUAGUAUAACGGAAAUAAAAGAUGGGACAGCAGAAGGUCAACUUGCACAUGUUUAUAAAUGUACUUACGCUUACCUAAUUAAAUUUCAGUCUAUUGCCACCUUC